AUGACUAAGAAUGCUCCAAGUCAUCUUGGGGGUCCGAAUUCAAAUCUUGAUUUCCAAAAGUUAACCGGAGCACUCGCUUUGUCCGAUGAUUUCUUUUCGACUGGAUUUCUAUCAUCGCAACGGAGUGAAAGCACUAACAAUGUUUUGGGAGAUGUGGCAAACAAAAAUACUUCACUCGGGGAAUUUGUUAAAUCAUUUAAGGAAAUUAUUAAAGGAUGGCGUUCUUUUAAGGAUGAAGAGGAUUUUUGUUGUAAGCAAAGUAGGCCUCCUCUAGCAAUUAGAGAUAGUGGGAUUUUAAACCAUGCAGCAAAUGUUUAUACUCACAAACUUUUUAAAUUAUUUGAUGAGUUCAAGAAUGCCAUAGGAAAAUUUUGGUUUGAACUAUCUUCCGAUGGUGGUGUUUAUGAAUUUGAGGUUGGAGGAAUUGAGGGCUCAAAGAUCCGUCGUAGUCAAGGAAACGUAAAAGCAAGAGAGAUUGUUCAAGAUGGACUAAAGAAGAUUGAUAAAGAUAUCGAGAAUGAAUUGGCCAAAUUAAGCAUUUCUUUAGAUGGUCAAGAAAUGGAAAAUGAAGUGGAUGAUGGGCAAGAUGUAGAAGAGACACUUGAUGUUAAUCCUAUCUUGAACCGCCAUCGUACAAAGACCAAAGGUGUUUCCAAUGCAAGAUUCAAAUGA